AUGGAAUCGGAAUUGGUCGCCAGGGUCAACGAGCUCAUUGAGCUGUGCAAGCACGCGGUUGUACGUCCUACAGACCCUUUGGUUAACGUCAGUUCUAGACGGAACAAAGACUCCCAUGGACCAGCGCAAAAAGCUGAAGCAAAAACUGCAAGUAGCUCUGAAAGAUGCAGAGAAUAUGCAAAAGUAACUGCUAUUUAUGCUUUCUAUACUGUUGUGUCCAGAGCGCUCCUGAAUGCACAAUCAAAAAUUUUGGAGAUAAAGGCCGUUGAACACAAAAUAAAGGUGGCCAAGGGUCCACGCAGUUUUCGACGUGGUGUGCUCAUGUCUCUGCUGCAGGACAAUGCUAAAUCUCUGCCGCUCUGGGCUGGAAAAGUUGGAGCCUCACCACCACCUCUGUGUGGCGCAGUAGGCACACCCAAACCGGAGGAUUACGUUGUCGCAGGAGACCACGUUGCCGCCCUGGUGCCUGACCCAGAGGCACGUGGUUCCGACUCGGACACACUCGAGAGUUGGAUUUUGGCCGAGAUUGUUGCCUACAGCGCGGACAAAAAGGAAUUUCGGGUGGACGAUGUGGAUGCCGAAGAGGCCAAAGUGUAA